CCCAAUUCUGACUUGUGCUCUGAUAUCUGCUUCACUGAUUUCUGCUCUCGUAAAAGCCUGGGCUUUCUGCACGUUAACACAAGAAGCUUAUUACCUAAAAUUGAUCAAUUGAAAGUGUGGGUUCACAGCUCCAAUCCAGAUGUGUUGGUCAUUACUGAGACGUGAUUAAGAAAUAAUGUUUUGAACACUGAUGUUAACCUUUCUGGUUAUAACUUAUUUCGGCAAGACAGAUCUUCCAAAGGUGGUGGAGUAGCAAUCUUUACCAAGGAACACCUUCAGUGCUCUUUGUUGCCUGUUGCUGGGUGUUAUUGUCCACCAUCAGCACCGGCCUGUACCCUACCUGCCCUAAGCUCUCUCCUGGCCCCUUACGCUAAGUCUGAAUUUGUCCUGCUAGGUGACCUAAACUGGGACACGCUUAAACCACCUGACCAAGUCCUAAAGCAAUGGGACUCCCUAAAUCUUUCUCAGAUUAUUACCAAUCCCACAAGGUAUGACUGCAAACACCCAGAAAAGGCUACUCUCCUUGAUGUUAUCCUCACAAAUAAUCCCGAUAGAUAUCAGUCAGGUGUUUUCUGUAAUGACCUUAGUGAUCAAUGUUUACAGCCUAUGUUCGUAAUGGCUACUCAGUGAAACGACCUGUCCUGAUUUGUCAUAGACGCUUGCUAAAAAACUUGAAUGAGCAAGCCUUCCUUCAUGAUCUGGCCUCUGUAAAUUGGUAUAGAAUCAGCUUGAUCCCCUCUGUCGAAGAUGCUUGGACCUUCUUUUUUGAUAUUUUCAGUGGUAUUGUUAACAAACACGCCCCCAUAAAGAAAAAUAUAAUUAAAAACAGGUUCAGCCCCUGGUUCGACCGUGAUCUGGCAGAGUUACUCCACCUCAAGAAUUCAAUUUCGCGAAAGGCUUGGCACACGCUUACUCAGGCUGACUGGCUCUCGUCAGUCUAUCCGGAAGGCUAAAGCUAGUUACUUUAAGGAGCAGUUCUCUCUCUGUGGGUCUAACCCCAAGAAGUUCUGGAAAACGAUUAAAGACCUGGAGGAUAAACCCUCGUCCUCACAGCUGCCCAUGUCCCUUAAUGUUGAUGAUGUGGUUGUUACUGACAAAGAGCACAUGGCUGAGCUCUUUAAUCACUACUUCAUUAAGUCAGGAUUCCUAUUUGACUCAGCCAUGCCUCCUUGCCCGUCCAACAUUUCCUCAUCUCCUAGUCCUUCUAAUGUGACUAGCCCCGAUGCUCCUCCCUCUUUUUCCCCUACCCCGCUACAAAGUUUCUCCCUGCAGGCAGUCACAGAGUCU